CUUCUUUCUUCUUUCUUCUUCUUCUUCUUCCAUGGCAUCCGAUACCGCCAUUAUCGCCUGGGGCUCCGGAGAAGACGGGCAGUUGGGAAUAGGGUGCAACGACGACAAGGAACUAGUCUGCGUUGUCACCGCCUUAGAGUCACAGACCGUUCGCUCUGUCGUCGCUGGCAGCCGAAACUCUCUCGCUAUUUGUGAUGAUGGCAAGCUGUUUACAUGGGGUUGGAAUCAGAGAGGGACUUUGGGGCAUCCACCCGAGAGCAAAACCGAGAACGUUCCCAGCCAAGUUGAAGCUCUGUCCAAUGUUAAAAUCGUUCAGGCUGCUAUUGGUGGAUGGCAUUGUUUGGCUGUUGAUGAUCAAGGCCGUGCCUAUGCCUGGGGUGGAAAUGAGUAUGGACAGUGCGGUGAAGAACCUGAGCGCGACACUGGUAAACCUUUGAAGAGGGACAUAGUGAUUCCUCAGCGAUGUGCGCCCAAACUUGUGGUUCGCCAGGUAGCUGCUGGGGGUACUCACUCUGUGGUGCUUACACGUGAAGGGCAUGUAUGGACAUGGGGUCAACCAUGGCCUCCAGGAGACAUAAAACAAAUUUCCACACCUGUACGAGUACAAGGUCUUGAUAAGGUGAAGCUCAUUGCAGUAGGGGCAUUUCAUAAUUUGGCUCUCCAAGAGGAUGGCACUUUAUGGGCAUGGGGUAACAACGAAUACGGACAGCUUGGAACAGGGGAUACGCAGCCGAGAUCACAACCCAUUCCUGUCAAUGGACUUUCUGGUCUUACUUUGGUGGAUAUUGCUGCUGGAGGAUGGCAUUCUACUGCACUAACAGAUGAUGGAGAGGUCUAUGGAUGGGGCCGAGGGGAGCAUGGUAGACUUGGUUUUGGUGACAAUGAUAAGAGUAGUAAAAUGGUCCCCCAAAAGGUUCAUCUUUUAGCUGGGGAGGACAUUGUUCAGGUGUCUUGUGGAGGCACUCACUCUGCGGCAUUAACACGUGAUGGUCGCAUUUUCUCGUUUGGUCGAGGUGACCAUGGACGUCUCGGGUAUGGAAGGAAGGUGACAACUGGUCACCCGAUGGAAGUCCCCAUCGAACUCCCACCUAAAAAUGUCACUGACGGUGAAGCCCAUGGCCAUUGGAUUGCCAAACUUAUUGCCUCUGGAGGACGCCAUACUCUAGCAAUAGUCGAAUGGAAAUCAGAUGAAACAACUGAAAACGGUGACGCUUAAUUUUUCAGUAACAAGAAUAAUUGAUGUUUGGUUCUGCGUAACUGUACUGUUAAGAUGAAAUAGUAAACACAGCACCAUAUGAGGCAUGAUAAAAUUACUAGAUCUCUAAGAGAGCGAGUAGAUUUGAUCAGUCUCCAAUUUUACAGUGAAAACUUCGCGAAAACUUAGUAUUACUGCCGUAGUUUGUUUAUGGAGAUUGACUUUAUAACAUUAUGCAAUUUUUCCAACAUUUUUUC